AUGCAAAAAAGUGUUAUAUUUCACCUCUUUCAUACAAGUAAAGCUAAUUGUCAUGCAUUUAUGUGCUUUAUUUAAUUAUAUCCAAAGUAGACCCAUUAAAUCCUAUAUUGAAAAGUGAUGAAUCUAUUUUUAAUUUUUUACUUUGUGUAUAUUCAACAAAUCCAUUGAGUUUUUAUACUGUUUUCUCUAUUCAGAAUCAUGUUCUGUUAUUUAUCUUUGAUUUCAAAUUUUAUGAAGCACUCUCAUAAUUAUAUUGAGAGUAGACCCAUUGGAUGGAAUAUUCAAAUUUCAUUAAUCUAUUUUUAUUCUUUAAUUUUGUGUAUAUUCAACGAAUCUAUUAAGUUUAGAUCAAGUGAAUUGGUGGUUACAUGUGGUCUGUGUGAAUCAUGAUGAGGAAAUGGAUUUUCUACCUAAUCUGUUCUAUUGGUAGUGAUGUGAUUGACAAGAAUUGAUGUAUAGCUUGCUGGUUGUUCCUUUAUAUAGUUUGAUUUGAUUUUAGGUCAAUUCAUUCCCAAUUUCAUUCUCUCCUAUUCAACUUUUGCAUUCCAAUUUUCAUUUUGAUUCACUAAUCUAUUUGGAUUUUUUGGGCUGAAUCUAGCAAUUUCUAAUUUUAUUUUGCAUUCAGAAUCAAAAUUUAUAGACCCAGCUUCUCCUAUUCAACUUUUGGAUUCCCAAUUUGAUGUUACUAUAGAAUUCUCUUCUAGGUAGUCUAUUUGAUGAGUGGUGAUGUGAUUGAUAGGAAUUGAUUGAUAAUUUUUUUGUGAUUUAUUUGUAUUUUGAAUAUAUAGAAGUAGAGCUGAUUGUCAUGAAUUUUUGUGCUUCUUUGAUAAAGGAAUAUUCUUUUUUUACUCCCAUUCAAUUUUUUGCACUCCCAAUUCCAUUCUCUACUGUUCAAGUCUUGCAUUCCGAUUUCAAUUCUGAUUCAAUAAUCCCAUUGAUGGGUCUUUCCUUUUCUUGCAUCGAAGUAGAGCUGAUUGUCAUGAAUUUUUGUGCUUCUUUGAUAAAGGAAUAUGCUUUUUCCACUCCCAUUCAAUUUUUUUGCACUCCCAAUUCCAUUUUUUACUGUUCAAGUCUUGCAUUUCCAUUUCAAUUUUGAUUCAAUAAUCCCAUUGAUGGAUCUUUUCUUUUUUUAAGCUAUGUCCAUCAAAUCCAUUAAGUUUACCGAAAAUGAAUUGCUGGUUGCAUGUGGGUUGUGAGAAUCAUUAUCAAGGAAUUGGCUUUGUAGCUAAUGUAUUCUAUUGGUCGUUAUGUGAUAGACAGAUUUUUAUUCAUGUUUGUGUAUACUUUUUUUUCCAAUUUAUUUGUAUACUUUUUUUUCCAAUUCAUUUGCUGUUUCCAAUGUAUGCCUACCUAAGACAUUUACCAACUCUCAAUGCCAUGAGUACAAUGAUUGUUUGGGGUAGUUGAUGACUGCCUUCUCUAUGGUGAAAUGACAUGUAGGUGUACUGUAGCAGGUAUGGUAUGACUUGGUCCCUAUUUCUUGGUUUCUUGAAACUUUCACUUGUUCUUGCUGUUUUUGUGUUGGUUCAGAUUUUGCCCCUCUCAUUAGUUGUCUCUAUGGCAUUGAAUGGAGAUGGAUAUGGAGUCAUAUUUUGUUUUUCCUGCAUUUCCAUAUUCAAUUUGAAUUCAAAAAGGUGAGACUCUCUCAUACAAGUAGAGCUAAUUGUGAUGCAUUUGUGUGCUUCAUUUAAUUAUAUCCAAAGUAGACCCAUUAAAUCCUAUAUAUUAACUGAUGAAUUUAUUUUUAAUCUUUUACUUUGUAUAUAUUCAACAAAUCCAUUUAGUUUUUAUACUAUUUUCUGUAUUUAGAAUCAUGUUCUUUCAUUUUAUGUUUGAUUUCAAAUUUUAUGAAGCACUCUCAUAAUUUUAUUGAGAGUAAACCCAUUGAAUGCAAUAUUAAAAUUUCAUGAUUUUUAUUGAUGUUUCUGUAUACUUUUUUUCCCAUUCAUUUGCUUUAUCCAAUGUAUGCCUACCUAAGACAUUUACCAACUCUCAUUGCCAUGAGUACAAUGAUUGUUUGGGGUAGUUGAUGACUCCCUUUGCUAUGGUGAAAUGACAUGUAGGUGCACUGUAGCAAGUAUGGUGUGAUUUGGUCCCUAUUUCUUGAUUUCUUGAAAGUUUCACUUGUUUUUGCUGUUUUUGUGUUUGUUCAGAUUUUGCCCCUCUCAUUAGUUGUCUCUAUGGCAUUGAAUGGAGAUGGAUAUGGACUCAUAUUUUGUUUUUCCUGUAUUUCCAUAUUCAAUUUGAAUUAAAAAGUUGUUGGAUGGACAUACAGCUCUUUAGACUGAAUUUAAGAGGUUCACUGAGAAAAGAAUGGCCUUGUGCGAGUAAAAUGGCUCCAUGGUAUUGUUUAUCUAACUAGCCCAUCUCUUUAUCCAAAGAAAAAUCUAUCCACCAGCUACUCGUCCCAUGAAAAUGUCUUCUGCACACAUAAUAAGGUUGUGCUAUUUAUUCUUCAUUGGAAAUUUGGCAAUCAUUAUCAAGGUAUGAGGUUUCAAUCUCACCCAUUUCCUGAAUGUUGAUGUGAUUGACAGAUUUUUAUUGAUGUUUAUGUAUACUUUUUUUCCUCAUUCAUUUUGCUGUUUCCAAUGUAUCUCUACCUAAGACAUUUACCAAGUCUCAUUGCCAUGAGUACAAUGAUUGUUUGGGGUAGUUGAUGACUGCCUUCCCUAUGGUGUGAUGACAUGUAGGUGCACUGUAGCAGGUUUUGCCCCUCUCAUUAGUUGUCUCUAUGGCAUUGAAUGGAGAUGCAUAUGGACCCAUGUUUUAUUUUCCCUCCAUUUUGCAUAUUCAAUUUGAAUUAAAAAAGGUGAGCCUAAAGCCCUUGAUUUUUUCUAUAAAAGGAUGGUUGGUGAUGCACAUUCAAUGCACAAACAUUCUGCUUUGUUUUAUUUCCUCCUAAGCUUUGUCUACAUCAGAAUUUUUCUGUUUACAUUUGAUCUAUUUCAUCAACUCUAUUUACCUCCUUUGUUUCUUUUUUUUUUCUGCAAUGCCUCCUCUAUUUGAUAUGAUUUCUAAGAUGCAUCCUCCUAGAGAGGCUUGGAGGCUGAAAGUUAGGGUUCUAAGGCUUUGGGUUGUACCCUCUUUUGGGAAUCAUGAUGUUCCUAACUCAAUGGAGAUGAUUCUCCUUGAUGAGCAUUCUUACAAUGCGAUGUGCAUUGUUUGGGGACUAUGUUAAUCAAGUAAAUCAUUUUCUUACCUCUGGCUAUGUGGAGCAGCCUGUUGUAGUGAUUCAACUUGCUAAAGUCAAGUUCUUUAGAGGUCAAGUAGGCCUUCAAAAUGUGAUGUAUGCCACUCAAAUAUUAUUUAAUCCUGAUCUUCCUGAAGUUGUUGAAUUCAGGCAGAGUAUGGUUGAGCAAGGUGUCAAUGGUACCCAGCCAUUGUUUAUUGCAAAUGAGGGUAAAGUUGUCUCCUUGGAAGAUGAUUUCAUGCGUUUAACUAGAAAAUGCACUGUUGAAGAGCUUCAAGAUAACAAUGAGGAGGGUUCUUUUAUCAUUUUUGGUACAAUCCAAGGUAUUGUUGAGGAUGGAGAUUGGUGGUAUUCUGCUUGUGUGUGUGAAAAGGGUAUCUAUCCUCAAAAUGGUGCAUAUUACUGUGAUUUUUGUUUGAAGCACAUAACUAAUGUGACUCCAAGAUUUAAAUUUAAAAUAACAGUUGAAGAUCAUAGUGGGGAGGGUAUUUUUCUUCUCUUUGAUCGUGAGGCAUCUUAUUUGCUUAAAAAAUCAUGUGCUGAUUUGUUUACCGAGGUUCAAAUAUAUGCAAGUCUUGUAUGUGGGGAUACUUAUCCUUCCUUAUUCCAAGGGCUCAUUGGAAAGAAGUUACUGCUGAAGGUUGAUACCAAAGGUGUGCCACAUGAUACAUUUUAUGGCACUUUCCGAGUUAGGAGAAUAUGUGAUGAUCCCACCAUUAUUGCCAUGUUUGAGCUUCCCGAUUAUGAUGCUGAUGAUGAGUCUACUCCAAAAAAGGAGGCUGAUUUACACAAAUCUGUUCCCUAUGGAGAAGGGGAUAUUGGUGUUAAGAAGAAUUCAUCAAAGAAUUUGAUCAAAAGUGAGAAAGUUACUGAUGAGAAAACACCCAGCAAUGAUACUGUUAGUGAUGAUCUUUCUGCUGAACUAGAUAUAUUGCUUAGCUCACCAGAAAAAGAAACUCAGGAGGUGUUGUCCCACGUUAUUGAUGCACCUUCCAAAUAUAGAGAGAAGCUUAUUCAUGAAAAUGAUGUUGUCACCUUCAAGGGCAAAAGGAAUCUGAAUCCCCAAUUUGAAGAGGCGGCUGCUGAUGUAGAUGGGCGUGGGUUCAAGAUUGCCAAGGUUAAUGGAGUUUGAUCUAAGGUGUGGAAUUGAGCUGAUGUGUCUAGGUGUAGGUAGUUUAUAUAGUAUAUCUACAAGUGUUUAGGAAGGCUUGUGAUUCCAAAUACAUCGAAAUAUAAUCAUGCUGGCUGGAUGGUAUUUUAAUUUGACCUUUUUGGAUUGUGUCCAACAAAUAGGAUUGUCAGAUAUAGGGGUUUUUCUUUUCUGUUGGCUCGUGUCAUCUGUCAACUAUGUCUAUUGUCAACUCCUUCUUUUGUAAUAGUGACUUUGCUAGGAAUUGGACACAUUUUCAAUGUUGUACCCUCUUUAGGUUAUAUACUAGGAUAUGUAUCAGAUCUUGGGAUCCUCCUUAUCAUAGGAGAGAUACCCAUAUGUAAUUGUGUAUAUCACUAUCACUAUUUUAAUGAAAUGCGGCAGUUCUUAUUUUUA